UGGAGAAUUGCGGGUGACACGAGGCGAAAGGGGCACGUAGAUAGCAUUCUUCAGGCGGUGAAUAGAAUACGCGCAGUUGUAAACAAACUUGUUUUUCAUAUUGGUGCAGGUGGCGCAGCCAAAGCUCGCAGCCUUCCUCAAAAAUAAAUUUAAUUACUUCCUCCAAUUUGUCGUUCUCUCUCCGAAAUGACGAUCUUCACCAAACUCUACAGGCCCUCGUCCAUUGUCAGAUCGCAACAUCUCCUCCAGCACCUCCGCUGUAUGAGCAAUGUCCCGGAAAACACCGUCUACGGCGGUCCAAAGCCGCAGAACCCUAACCAGAGAGUCACUCUAACCCAUUUGAAGCAAAAGCACAAGAAAGGCGAGCCUAUAACUGUUGUAACAGCGUACGACUAUCCCUCUGCGGUUCACCUCGAUACAGCCGGCAUCGAUAUUUGUUUAGUCGGUGAUUCGGCCGCCAUGGUUGUUCACGGUUACGACACCACUCUCCCCAUCUCCCUUGAGGAGAUGCUUGUCCAUUGCCGAGCUGUUGCUCGCGGCGCCAAGAGGCCACUUCUCGUUGGUGACUUGCCUUUUGGCACCUACGAGUCGAGCACCCGGCAGGCAGUUGAUACGGCGGUUCGGAUUUUGAAGGAGGGAGGAAUGGACGCCAUUAAGUUGGAAGGAGGUUCGCCCUCGAGAAUUUCUGCUGCCAAAGCUAUAGUUGAGGCAGGAAUUGCAGUUAUGGGCCAUGUAGGACUCACUCCUCAGGCCAUUAGUGUUCUUGGGGGAUUCAGGCCUCAAGGGAGGAAUGUUUCCAGUGCUAUCAGGGUUGUGGAGACUGCAAUGGCGUUGCAGGAAGCAGGGUGUUUCUCUGUGGUUUUGGAAUGCGUACCUGCACCUGUAGCUGCUGCAGCAACAUCUGCUCUUCAAAUUCCCACCAUUGGCAUUGGAGCAGGGCCUUUCUGCAGUGGGCAGGUGUUAGUUUACCAUGACCUACUGGGGAUGAUGCAACAUCCACAUCAUGCCAAGGUUACUCCAAAAUUCUGUAAGCAGUAUGCAUGUGUGGGGGAUGUCGUGAACAAAGCUCUACUUGAAUACAAGGAAGAUGUAACAAAUGGUUCAUUCCCAGGUCCUGCCUAUAGUCCAUAUAAAAUCAGUGCAGCAGAUGUAAAUGGUUUCUUGAAUGAACUACAAAAGCUAGGCUUGGACAGGGCAGCAUCAUCAGCAGCUGCGGCAGCUGAGCAGCUCAAAGCAACUGAAUCCGAGUCCAAAUGAAUGAAUAUGGGUCAAUCAAGCAAAUCCGCCUUUACUCAGCGCCAGGAAGAACAGCCUAAUAUUUCUACAAUACAUUUACAAAUAUUCGGCUAGAAAUAAUGUUAGUGCGAAAUUUUUAAAAAACUCACUCUCGUUUUUCCCCCUCAUGUAUGAAAGCUGAGUUGCGUCGAGUCGGGUCGUUAAGUUAUACUUGCUACUUGCCUCUAAAUUUGUAAUCGAGCCUAUUAGAAAGCAAAUGUCAAAUUUUAACAAAGAAUCUUGCUCGCUUUAGCUAUGAGAAUGCGAUUUGACA